CCAUUACUGUCCCCACUUUUCCCUUCACAACGUUGAUUAUGCACAAAAAAUAUUGUUGAGCCCAAAAUCCCCCAUUUCGACAUUUUCCAUCAAUUAACUAUCAACUAAUUAAACAAUAUAUCCUCCUCUCAAAUAAAUAUCCCAAGCCUUCGUGUGAUUGUCAGUGAUUUACGGUGUUACCGGGCGGAAAACCCCUCUUGUCAAAUGUUAACUGAGUCAAAUAAAGUUCUACUGAAAAUAAUCGAAAUAUUCGAUGGUUAUUUAGAAACUUUAUCAAAUUUACCGAAAAUAACGUUUCAAUAACAAUCAGCGAUUACCAGUCCUCAAUAACAGUGAGAUUUUAAGUGACGUACAAGAUAUAUUGUCCACAAAUAAAGAAAUCAGUUUUGGCGAAGUGGAAACAUGUCGAAUAUUGAAAUUGAUGAGAGAGUCACUGAUGAGAUCGAGGCAUUGGGAGCAAUUCUACUGGAUAAUGAGCUGAAAGUGAAGGAGAAUGAGAGAGGAAUUCCAGAAGUAAUUGAAACUCUAGUGUUCCCUUCAACUGGAGAAGAUUCUCAGUCGCAAUACGUCUGCGUAACUCUCGUAGUUUAUCUAUCUCCGGGAUACCCAGACGUCUCUCCAGUGGUAACGUUGAAAAACCCUCGAGGGUUGGACGAGGACACUGUUAAACUCAUUCAGCACGAGGUGGAGGACAAAUGCAACGAUUUUUUAGGACAACCUGUUAUGUUUGAGCUCAUCGAGUUGGUACGUGAACACUUAACUCGGAGUAAUCUUCCAACUGGUCAAUGCGCCGUGUGUCUCUACGGUUUUCGAGAGGGGGAUGAAUUCACCAAAACCGAGUGUUAUCAUCAUUUCCAUUCCCAUUGUUUGGCAGCUCACGUCGCAGCUGCGGAGAAGUAUUACCGCGAGGAGUUGGAGAAACUGCCCCAGUGGCAGCAGGACUCUGCCAAAGAAUUUCAAGCAAUAUGUCCAGUCUGCCGAGAGUCAAUAAACUGUGAUGUCGAGAGUCUCUGCUCAGCUGCACCACCGAUCGACGUGGAGACAGCAACCGACUUCUCCGUCACCGCUGAAUUACGCGAAUUACAACGGCAAAUGUCGGUUUUGUUCGUACGGCAACAACAGAGAGGAGGAAUCAUCGAUCCCGAGGCUGAGGGUACCAAGAUGCUGCUGAGAACCGAGGAUGACUCUGUCGCUGGCGCUGAGACACCCACUUCACCUGCUGGCCCCAGUCUCCCAACUUUCGCUGCUAAUUCUAAUGUGCGACACCAUCAAGUCCCCGAGCCGAAGCACUCGAACAAUCAUCAACAAAGUAAUGCAGAAAAGGACAAGCAAAGUGAUAAUCGUGGCUCUCACAAUAAUCAUCAUCAUCACCAUCAUCAUCAUCACCAUGGACGAAAGAAUCGUGGACGUGGUCGUGGUGGAUACGAAUCUCGUCGAUGCGAGCGUCUACGUCAAAACGAGACAACACCCAGAUGACAAUGGGCUGGACAUAGUCGAAAUACUGCCCAUUUUAUUCGCAAUAUAAUCAAUAAUCGUUCUAUUGUCAAUGUAAUCAGCUCUAAUUGUCACAUCAUAAAUACUUGACUCAACUCUCUGUACUAUCCCUCCGUCAUUCGAUAAUUAUUUAGAUUAUAUUCCUUCAUUUCUGCUUAUCAACGAAAUUACUUAAUGAUAAUUAAUGUUAUUGCGUAAUUAUUUUGAAUGGAUGAAUUAUUUUCUUAUUUGAAAGAAUAGCUCGGUUUUGAUUUUGAGUGCUUUCGUAUUUUUCUAUGUUUUUUUUUGUCAUUUUUGGUUCGGAAAAAUCAUCUUUGACUGUGAUAUAUUAAUUUUCUCAUACUUUGGAUUUUUAUGAUUCAAUUUUUUUAUUAUAGGAGCCACUUGUUUAUUGUAAUCAUAAUAAAACUAGUCAUUAAAUA